AUGAAAAUCAAUACUGUGAGAGAUGCUUUUGAAAAAUCACUUCGAGCUCGACUACUGAAGACAAACCCUAGCACUGAUUACAGUUGCCUGAAAGCAUUUGGCUCACUGUUCACGAAAGAUAUUCCAAUACCGGCUGGAACCACUGUUGAUUUUAGGCGCACAGCUGAUGGCCGCCUAAUAACUGAAAUUGAAGGAAAUCAUAUUGGAGCAAUCCAAAGCAAGGAACUAUGCAGGGCUUUCUUUGACAUGUACAUAGGGGAUGUUCCAGUUUCGGAGCAAGCAAAGGAAGAUAUUGGCAAAAAUGUGGCAAGUAUCAUCAGGAAAUGCUAA